GUCGUAAUGGAAAUCUGUGUUGAGAUUUGAGCGUAACUUGUAAGACCCGAAGACAACGGCGUUAAUUAUUGCAACCCCCCCCGGCUCCAACAGAGUGGGCAGAAACCCGAACAAAAAGCCGUCUAUGACAUACGGACGUUGUUCCCCUCCAGGGAAAUCGGGAAUUGAAAAAGCACUCCUGGGUUAACUGGAGAAGCGUCACAGUGUUUGUGGUUAUGUGCCGCUUCAAAACCUUGUCACCUCUGUUUCCCCCCGUUUUCUCUCUGUGUCUCUCUCAUGUCCUGCUGUCACCCCAAGCAAAGCCUUGCAUGUCGUCAAAGUACUUUCAAGGAUCAAUAUUGAGACCAUUGGGCGAAGCCCCGUGGACCCCCAACUAGGUACUCCGGAAACCGCAAAUCUCAUCAUACGAGUUUGCAAUUGCAACUCGGCAAUUCCUUGCUGUGGCGUGUUCUCUACUCCACUGUACAUCGCGUGUCGCUGACGUCUGUCAGGAACAAGGGACGAGCCAGAAGACUGCAGACUCAAACUCAGACUCAGAGUCACCUCCAACCGCCGCCUCCAUCGCAGCCCGGGGUUUUCUGUCCGAAUGCUCAGUUUCUACGUUGACUUUACUCCAGCCUCUCCGAAUAGAAGGAUUUUGGCUAAUCCAUGCGCCCGGUUAUAUCUGACAGACUGGGUAACAAGACCGCGUACCUGUCUCCAUGAGAUCCUCAUUCAUCACUCUGCGAAGCUACAGGGUACUACUAGAGACCUCCAAUUUAUUCCCCUCAAGGCAGCUCGGACUGCAUGCAGCAAUGAUUGUGCGGAAUAUCCACCAUAAACUCGCCUCUUAGCGCACUUCUAGAAGACCCUCCGGAGCUCCUCGUUGCUUCGGUUUGCUCGGCAGCUCACGGGCGGUGUCCCACCGGAGAGGCUUCGGGUCACCCUCAGGGUCCAGUCGAUACCCCUGCCGGUGUCUCUCUGGUGCCUCUGAGAUCCUGGUAUCCUGGUUACCCGGCCUUGUACCACCCGGCGACGGACAGGGCUGACUUUGAACCGCUCCUCGGUUCAUCGCGAACGACUAGCUACCAUUGGUGCUGUUCCCUGGAUUAACCAUCAACGGCGCCCAGCGUCUUUCUCCAUGGGCCUUUCGCCCCUGGAUCCAUGCUUGUGUGGCCCACGAGAGCCGUGUUCAAAUGAGGAACCAGCUUUCUUUUUACACUACGGCAUACAAAUCAUACGAUGUCUAUCCGUCGAGAUGGGCGGUGCCUGAUUCGAAGCAUGUAGACUGUGAGGUCUCGAGCGCACGCGACGAUGUAGCACGACGAGGGGGAGGGGUGAGACAGGAUCGAGCCUUGUGUCUGUCGGAGUGUUUCUACACGAAGGCAUCUUGGGCUGGAGUUCAAAGUUUCUAUAUCUUUCCUCCGAGGCCCGAACCCGGCGGCGAGAAAGACAUCUGCAUUAUGUUCCCAAACCCUUGGAAUUGGCUCCCCUUCUAUCCUCGGACGUUUACCAGUUUAUCCGUAGCGUUUGUGCAUUUCUGUUGAUACCCCCUUUAACAUUCAUCCCCGUUCCGGUCUGCCCCCAGAUAUCCGUCCUUGAUCCCAUAUCUAGGCACGAGAAUUACCUGCUUGAGAACCUCAGGUUUCCCCUUUUUUGGCUUCCAAAUCACCCACUUAGAGAACAGUAUUCUCAAGCAGAAGCUAAGCAACAACUUCUUCAUACAAAAUCACCACAGCCAUGGCUUUGACAUACAAGCAAUCACAACUCGUCAGGGGUACGAUCCCGGCUCUCCGUGAGCAUGGCGAGACCAUCACGACCAUAUUUUAUGCCAAUAUGCUGCGAGCUCAUCCUGAACUUCAUGACCACUUCAACAAGGUCAACCAGGCCAACGGUCGCCAGCCCCGCGCCUUGACCGGCGUCAUCCUUUCCUUCGCCGCAAACCUCAACCACAUCAGCGAGCUCAUCCCCAAGCUGGAGCGCAUGUGUAACAAGCACUGCUCUCUUGGAAUUCUACCGGAACACUACGACAUCGUGGGAAAGUACCUCAUCCAAGCCUUUGGACAGGUCCUAGGUCCCGCCAUGACCCCGGAGAUCCGCGAGGCCUGGACAAAGGCCUACUGGAUUCUCGCAAAGAUGCUCAUCGGCCGCGAGGCCCAGAUGUAUCGCGAAUUCGACGACGACAGGUGGAAGGGGUGGCGCAAAUUCCGCAUUGAAAGAAAGGUCGCCGAAACGGACGACAUCUUCUCCUUCUACAUGGUGCCUGUCGACGGCAAACGACUACCUGACUUCUAUCCGGGCCAAUACACCUCGAUCCGCGUCACAAUCCCUGAGCUUGGCCACUAUCAGUCACGACAGUACUCGCUCAGUGACUCACCACGACCGGAUUACUAUCGCAUCACUGUUAAGCGUGACCAAGGCGUCAAGGUUGGCAAGGGGGCCGCCACCUUCAACCUCAACCCCGGUGUCUUCUCCAACCAUCUCAUCGAUGAGAAGAGGCCGGGUGACAUCGUGGAGCUGACGCAUCCUACCGGCGACUUCUUCUUUGAUACCCACGCCGCUGGCACUCUUCCCGUCGUUCUCAUCUCUGCUGGUGUCGGCGUCACGCCUCUCAUGUCCAUCUGCAACACCAUCAUCGAGCGCCAGGCUAUCCGUCCUAUCUCGUGGAUUCACUGCUCGGCUCGAGCAGCACCCUUUGAAGAACAUAUCCGCAAGAUCGCUUACAGCCGCGCCAACUUCAUCACCAAGUUCUUUCGUUCCCAGAUUGCCGAUGUCGAAGAUGAUGACUCUCUCUCCUCCUCGAGCGACUUUGGCCUCCGCAUGGACCUUGCGCGGAUAGCACCUGAAGAGCUCUACCUCAGCCAUGGUGGCGCGGAGUACUACAUCUGCGGUCCUGAGAUUUUCAUGGUUGAAAUGUCGCAAUUCCUGAUCAACCAAGGCGUCGAUCCCAAUAGAGUCAAGUUCGAGCGGUUUACUACGGGCGAUUUAGAGUUCAAAAAAUGAUAUCGUGACGAGAUACUACUAGUAUCUUGAUCUGAUUGCUUUUACGGGGAAUGAAAUGGGUUCUGGGGGCAGGUUCAGGAACGGAUGAGACGGAGUUUCAUGAAAGUGGUCUAUCUGGGAAACGGGUACAGAACUGGGUACACCAACUACACAAAUGGAAAUGUUCAUGCCUUUCUUUUUAUUCAUUGAAAGAUGGAAGGGCAGGAACUGGAUGGUUCCUUUUGGCUCUGGGAGUUUAGAAUAUGCGAGUAUUUCAAUUGUUAUCAAAAACGUAAUACUACAACUCGAUCGCUC